AUGAUUCAUGGCCCGGGACUUCCUUCGCCAUUCGUCGCUUCGCUUGGCGGCGCUCCCGAGACCCCUUGGUACCGAACUCUCCUAAGAUUCAUUGGUCCGGGGUCCAUGAUUGCCGUCGGCUACAUGGACCCCGGAAACUGGGCCACCGACCUGAGCGGUGGUUCCCAGUUCUACUAUAAUCCCUUGUUUGCGAUUCUCUUCGCAAGCACCGUAGCCAUGCUCCUGCAGUCCCUAGCGGUGAAGGCUGGCCUCGUGACCGGUAAAGACCUCGCGGAGCUGUGCAGGCACAGUUUCAAUCCUUGGGCGAACUUCUUUCUUUACCUGACCGCGGAGGCCGCGAUUAUCGCCACCGAUCUUGCCGAAGUCAUUGGCGCCGCGAUAGCGCUGAACCUCUUGUUCAAAUGCCCUCUACCGUGGGCUGUGGCUAUCACCGGUUUGGACGUGUUGAUCAUCUUGUUUGGCUUUGGGCCGAAAUACUUGCGGUGGUUCGAAUUCGGAAUCAUGGCGCUGGUUGGGAUUAUCGGUGUGUGCUUCGUUGCAUUGCUGAUUAAGGUCGGACCCAACUGGGGAGACGUCUUUGAGGGCUACAUCCCGCAUAGGGAGCUGUUCACUAACGGUGACCAGCUAUGGAUCUUCAUGGGAAUCGUUGGCGCCACGAUUAUGCCGCACAACCUGUUCCUGCACACUCACUUGAUCCAAUACCGCUACAGUCAAACAGCACCAGCCACUCUACUGCCCACCGGAACCAUCGUUCCCGAGGCCUUUGAGAAGGCCGACGCCCCCUUAGCGCGACACCACAUGAAACUCCUCCCAAAGACAAUCAAAUACACCACAAUCGACUGCAUCCUCUCCCUGACCUACGCCCUCUUCAUUAACUCCGCCAUCCUCAUCGUCGCCGGAGCAGCCUUCUACACCACCGGCAACACGCAAAUCGCCACCCUCCACGACGCUUACGAUCUGCUUGGCAAGCUGCUUUCACCGGCAUUUGCCGUCAUUUUUGGAAUCGCGCUUUUGGCAUCGGGGCAAAGCUCCACUAUCACGGGGACGAUCGCGGGACAGGUUGUCAUGUCGGGGUUCUUGGGCUCGCGGUUCAGGGUUAAGCCGUGGGUCCGCCGCCUUGUCUCGCGGGGCUUGGCGCUUAUCCCCGCUCUGGUUGUCGUCCUCGUUAAAGGGUCGAACGGCCUUGAUGAGCUUCUGGUCGUUAGUCAAGUCAUCUUGAGCGUCCAGCUUCCGUUUUCUAUAUGGCCGUUGAUCUGGUUCACGUCUCGCAAAGGUGAGGGGUCAUCCUGGAUUUAUUCCAUUCGACUUGACACGACAUACUGA